GGCUUGACGUCACUAGGGUAGAAAAACACGGUGUUCAUAAACAAGACCGAGUAGUACAGAGUGCGUAACAGCACAUAUUCAGACACACAGAUAGACACUCAGCACCGCGGACUCCUCCUACAGUGGAAGAGGUACAAGAAGAAUGAUUGGAAAGCUCCUCGCCCAGCUGCUCGGCAACAGUGACGAGAGAGACAUGGUAGAUGUUUACGAUGGCGUGGAUGAGAAUGAAGGCUGCAGAGAGCUUUACGAGUUCGAGGAUGGAGAAUGGGUCAUCAUCGAUAUUAAUGAGAAUCAUGGGAUGGCCAUGCCGGAGAUGGACCCGCUGGAAAACCUGUUGAUCGAGCACCCCAGCAUGUCCGUCUACAAACUGCGAUGCCGGAAGAGUCAGGAAGAAGAAGUGAACAUGGAGCAAGAGGAGCAGGAGGCAGAGGAGGAAGAGAGGGAAAAAGGCUCUGCAAGGUCUCUACCAUCCAGACGCCUAAUUCCCUGGAGGAUGACAGUCUGGGCCAGCACUUUUGGGUACGACUGUCGCGUCUUGUCCUUGCAGGGAUCCCGGGCAAAGACCGAGCGCAGAAAGCUGACGCACGGUGCCCUCCGAAGGCGGAACUUGGCCAAGAUGCGCUUCUCAAUGGCAGAGCAGCGCUACGGCCACUUCAAGCAGCCCCGCCAGCGCAUGUACAACUUCUAAACGCCACUUGCCUCAUCCGUGAGAAUGCCUGUGACCUCUCUGGCAAUGGAGCCCUUUCUCAAGUGUCUUAGGAUGUAAUAAUGUUGAACUUGUAAGUAGGGACCCUACAGAACCCUAAGGAAGCAGCAUGCAAAUGAUAGAUUUACCUGUUCAUUCAUCAAGUGCAAAGCAAAACCUAACAUGUCUGAGUCGAGACCGGUAUGUGCAUGUGUGUGUCAGAACGGCGACACCCUAACGGCAAACAUUCCCGUGCUGGCAGUUUGCUUAUGAUGACAACGAUGGAGAAUAUGUGCAUAUAUUUUGACGUAUAUACUUCAAAAACAGUGGAUAUGUUGACGUGCCGAUCACUAAUCAAGCACAGAUGUGUGGAAAUUCUAGUUGAGUUUUUGAAAAAAUUAUCUCCAUAUAGAGGUAUGCUAAACUAUAGUAUUAUGAUAAAGUAUACAGUACCUAUGGCUAUUGACACCUGAUAUUCGUAAUGGUUGUGGUUUUAUAAGACGGUCUACUAUGCAUAUUCACAUAUUUUGCUCCUUUCUGUUUGGAAAAUUGUUUACUGUGUCAGCUCUGACAUAAUUUUUAUUUGUAAUUCACAAGCACAAAAGACGGUUGAAUUCACCACUGUACGUUUACAUGUACUGCCUCAUCUUAUUCUUCCUUUGCUGUCAGGGCUGAAAUUAACUGUAUUUGUGUGUAACAAGUAGAACAGAAACAUGUACAUAUUACUGUAAUUUUUUUUUGUAUUAUAAAAACAUGUAUUUUAUACAUCUUUAAAAAAAUUAAAAACAACAAGAAGCAGGUGUUGCAGACUUCUGUUUUAAAUGAAUAACCAAAGGUGAUAAUAAACCCAAAAAUGUUAUGAAUUUUCCCAGAAUACAACAAAAAACAUUCAUUUAAACUAACGAUUUUGUAAUUUAUUCUAUCUGCAAGUGACAUUUGGAUUCUUGCUUUCCAAAGACCACGACUGUGCUCAGGCAUCCCUCCCAUUGAGCAGCCACCUCUCCUCCUAUACACACACUUGGUCUAUAAGCGUAUCAUCAUUACACCAGAGAGAAAAAAACAUAUCAGUUUAAUUGCCAGGUACGUUUGCACACGUAAGAAAUUUGAAGUGGUGGAUGUUCAUUUAAAUAUACUCAACACAGAGAACAUACAUGACAUUGGAAGAGAAACAAUAACAUCAGAAAGUUUGAAGUACAGUACAAUAAAUAAGCAAUACACAAACAGCACAAUUAAUUAUAGUGGUGCAUGGGAGCAUACCUAAAUGAUAAGAGCUUACAGGUGGAAGCGGUAGGAACAUUAAAUGCAGUGACAUUUUAAUAAACCUUUUUUAGGUCAUAUACUGUGAUACCAGUGCAAAGUCCCAGUUGCAUUGUUAGUCCAUUCUGUUAGUCUUAACACCUAUUCAAGUGUGGUAUGGAUUAUAUGUACAUUUCAGAAGAUGAUAAGAUGAUGUUUGAAGGGAAAAGCUAUUUUUGUGCACUUGGAUUAUGAUGUCAUGUGGUUAGAGCUGCUGCCUUUGGAUCCGAAGGCUACAGGUUUAAAUCUCACCUCUAUCUGUAGCACCCUUAAGCAAGGCA